GGUCUGUAACCCGCCAUAAAACUAGAAGAAGAAGAAAAGUGGAAGGAAGAAGAAAAGUUUUAGAAAGUUUUAGAAAAAUGGUGAAAUGUUUUGUUUUUUUCUUUUGUUCACGUUGUGGUUAUUCUUCGUGCCUGGUGUUUUCAGUGUUAUUACAGCCAGAGUGACAGUAUCAGUGAUGAAGGGAGAUUCAGUUACUCUGUACACUAAUGUUACAACAACACAACAAGAUGAGAUUUUAUGGUAUUUUAAUGACACCCGCAUCGCUGUGAUCGCUGGAGAUCUCAGCCGGAUCUGUACAGAUGUUCAGUGUAAUGAAGACACUGAGAGAUUCAGAGACAGACUGAAUCUAGAGAACCAAACCGGAACUCUGACCAUCAAAAACAUCCAGACUGCAGACACUGGGGUCUAUCAGCUGAAGAUCUUCAGUAGGAGCAGCAUCAGUGAAAAGACCUUCAGUGUUACUGUUGAUGUUCCUGAUAAAGUGAAGACAAUAUCAGUGAAGAAGGGAGAAUAUGUUACUUUUGAUCCUGGUGUCAUAAAAACAACUAAUUAUGUGAUGAGAUUGUAUUUUAAUGACUCUCUCAUCGCUGAAAUCACUGGAGAUCAGAGUAAGAUCUGUACAGAUGAUGAGUGUAAAGAGAGAUUCAGAGACAGACUGAAACUGAACAAUCAGACUGGAUCUCUGAUCAUCACAAACACCAGAACCACAGACUCUGGAGAUUAUAAAGUAUUGAUCAUCAGCCGCAUCCUUCAGAACAGCGUCAGCAUCACCAGUUUGAAAACAUUCAUUUUUACUGUCAUUGAUUCAGGUCUGUCUUCAGCUGCUGUGGCAGGAAUAUGUGUUGGUGCUGGUGUUGGUGUUGUUCUGCUGGUGGCUGCAGCUUGUGUUGGGUGUGAUUUACUAUUGCAAGCGUCUUCAUGCAGGACAGAAUAGUGAGUAUUACAUACAGAUGAUUUAACAAGAUGGAAAAAGUAUUAAAAGGAAACUUUAAAAGAUGCAAAAGUAUUUGUCUACUCAUAAGUCAAAGUAAUGUGUGUUUAAUUGAAUUUUGUUAUUGUUCAAACAAGCACCACAGCACAAGCCAGUGAUCAGGUGAGAUACUAUGCACACUAAAGUCUAUGUACACUGAGGAAGAGAAAAUGUCGGUGCAUCAAGAAAAAGCAUAAUGUGCAACUAAAUCAUCUUCAUUAACCCUCUGUGUAUCUGUGUUUUAUUACAGAUGGGUCAUUUAAAAGUAGGGCUGCAUGGACGAUUACGGCCUAAAAUCAAAAGCUUGAUUAAUUGAACAUUUUACCUCGUUUUUACGAUUAAUGAACGAUUAUAUUUUUGUUGUUUUGCCCUCAUAGUUCACUG